AUGUCUUCAGGACGGCCACUCCUAAAGACCUCACUACCUUCCAUGCACGCGGCAUCCGCCGCCGCAGGCCCCUCAAAUCCCGCCGCAAAUCGCCCGACGCCACCCUUCCCUCAUGGGUCUCAGCAGCAACCUGGCUCGUUUCCAAACCGUCCAGAUGCCGACCCCCGCCAUCUAGCGAUCGCUCUUCAUCAUGCGCACCAAAUCCAGGCCCAGAAGGACACCGAGGGACUGAUUCUGGACCGCAUCCUGCAACUGAUCACACUCCCAUCAUCCCCCUCCGCAGAUCCUGCCUCUCCGUCCCCCGACGAUGCUCGAACUUUCAAGUCCGCCCUGGUUCCCUUCCAACCCGCCGACUACGACAACUUGAUCUUGGAGAGGAAUAUUGAAGGUCUCUGUGGCUACGGUCUGUGCCCCCGUGAGCACCGCAAAGAGGAUGCCCGAGGCACUUAUCGUAUUACCUGGGGCGCUAAGGGCAGCGGGCCGGGCGGUCGCGGUCGCGAAAUGAGUAUUGUUCCGAAAGAAAAGCUCGAGAUGUGGUGCUCAAACGAAUGCGCCGAAAGAGCCAUGUAUAUACGAGUUCAGCUGGCCGCCGAACCCGUGUGGGAAAGACGAGCGGACGAUGCGCGCGGCAAACAUCUCAUCUUGCUCGAAGAGGGCAGGGCCAAGGAAGGCAAAAGCAGCGCACAAAACUCCGUCUCCAUCCGAGAUGUCGUCGGUCAAUUCGGCAGUAUGCAUAUGGACGAAUCUCAAUGCCCAAGCGAUAUGGCAGAUGACAUCGCAAGGCUCACGGUGCACGAUGAUGCUCGUUCACGGGAGCUUGCUAUGGAACGGGGAGAUGCCCAUCCCGCGCUCGCCACCGGCAGGAUGAGUAUCCAAGUUCAAGAGAAUAGUCAUACCCACGGUCUAGUUAUGGCGCCGCAGUUGCGUCCCGGAGACGAGAAGGGAGGCUCCAUCGAAGGCUAUUUACCUCACGAGAAGUAG